AUGGCUAGGCCGAGCGAGCCGGGACCGAACGAGCCGGGACCGAGCGAGCCGGGACCGAGCGAGCCGGGACCGAGCGAACCGGGAUCAACCGGGCCGGGACCAAGCCGACCGAGCCAGCCGGGGCCGGAAAAAUCCCAUUCCCAACAAGUUGAACCUGCGGCCAACAUUCCCCGGCGAUGGCAGAAGAGCAAAAAAAAGAAAGACAGAUGGCAAUGGCGAGGCGGGCGAGGCGGCCGAGACGAGCGAGGCGGGCGAGGCGGACGAGCGCCGUGA